AUGCCGAUGGUUACUGCUAUAAGAGAAGUUUUGACAGACGUCAACAUGAAAGGAUGUUGGUUUAACUACAUAAAGAUCUUGGGAAGAAAAUGGAAAAAUUUUAAUUUGCCAGAUGUGAGUCAUGAAAUACUACGGUACUGUUUUGCGAUUCCAACGUUACCAGCAUCUGAAUUUAAAAAUGCCAUUGACCAAAUAAAUCAGAUAAUUAAUGAUAAUAGGGAAAAUUAUUCAGACUUCAUGGAAAGAUUAAGAAAUUUUAUUGAAAGUCUUCGAUUGGGAUGGCAGCCGUACGCAGAAUCAAUAUCUUUUUAUAAAAACAAAAAUGAUUCCAUCAACAUUUCAGAAUAUUUCGAUCGGCACUUAGGCAGUGAAAUGGGAUCGUUGUCACCUAAUAUUUUUCAAUUUUCAGAACGAUUAAAAAGAAUUUGCAAUGAAUCACUGGAUAUGUAUUCAAAAUUAGAAAAAGGUUUCAAGUUUGAAUUUUAUGAAAAAAAUUCUUUAAUAAAAAUUAAUAGUAAGAUUUCAAAACGUUUGGAGUUACUGGCAGAUGGAAAAAUUUCGUUAAUUGAUUAUCUUGAAAGUGCAAUCGAUGAAGACAUGUUUAAUAAUAUCAUGUACAUGUUAGAAGCACCUCAAUUUAAUGGAGACGAUGGCAAGUAACAUGAAUUGGAUGACGGAUCAAUUGAGGUAGAUAAUGAAAAUCACAACCACCCAAAACCAGAAAAAAAAUUACAGGAUGUAAUCAGAAAUGAACUGAAACGAAGAGCAGUAGAAGACCUACAUCCUUUAAACAGUAUUGCUAAGAAAGUAUUGAAAAGUUACAAAAACUCACCGAUAUCCUUGAAUGCAGCAAGAAAAAUUAUUGAUUUAACUAUCAAACAACAUCAAGUUUACGAACCUGCAACAUCAUUACAAUUAAUGCAAAUGCUUGAUAUUAAUAUUUUAUAUAAAAAUAUUUACCUUGGGUUUGCGACAGCAUGCGAUGAAAUGAAAUCUAUUUCUUUUUUUUUUGGAUCGACCACCCUCCACAAUAUUCUUAAAAAUGCGGAAGACAUCACCA